AUGGCGGUUGUCGGACUUGACUUAGGAAACUUUUCAGCUUACAUCGGGAUUGCGCGCGCUGGUGGCAUUGAAAUUAUUGCAAAUGAGUACUCUGAUCGGCUUACACCAACGUACAUUACAUUUGCACAACGGACACGUGCAAUUGGUCAAGCAUCAAAAGCUCAAGAAGUCACACAUGCGAAGAACACGAUAUGUAAUUUCAAACGUUUAUUAGGGCGCAAAUAUAACGAUUCAUUUGUACAAAGCGAAAAACAAUUAAAUGCUUAUUCUAUUGUCGAAGGAAAUAAUGGUUCUGUGCAGAUUGAGGUUGAUUAUCUUAAUGAGCGAAAACGUUUUUCACCAGAACAAAUUACGGGCAUGAUGUAUACAAAACUGAAACACAUAGCCGAAUCAACAUUAUCUACGAAAGUUGUUGAUUGUGUAGUUGGUGUUCCAUGCUAUUUCACUGAUGCUGAACGACGUGCAAUGCUUGACGCAGCCCAAAUCGCCGGUUGGAAUUGUUUGAGAUUGCUUAACGAAACAACAGCUGUUGCAUUAUGUUAUGGUAUUUAUAAGCUUGAUCUGCCUGAACAAACGGAAAAGCCCAGAUUAAUUGCAUUUGUCGAUAUGGGCUAUUCAGCAUUACAAACAUCGAUUGUUGCAUUUAACAAAGGAAAAUUAAGAAUGUUAGCAACGGCUUUUGAUCCAUCGUUGGGUGGUCGUGAUUUUGAUCAAAUUAUCAUGGAUCAAAUGCGUGAAGAUUUUAAACAACGUUAUAAACUUGACUCAUAUAGCACAGCAAAAGCUAAAUUACGUUUAAAAGCCGAAUGUGAAAAGACAAAAAAAUUAAUGGGUACAAAUUUACAACCUAUACCAGUUGGUUUAGAAUGUUUUAUAGAUGAUAAAGAUGUUAAUGGAAAAAUUCAGAGGAGUGAAUUUGAAGAAUUAGCUAAACCAUUACUGGAUCGUUUGAAAAACGUGCUCGAAAAUCUUUUAAACGAAGCCAAAGUUACCGCUGAAGAUAUUGAAUCGGUUGAAAUUGUUGGUGGAUCAACACGCAUACCGGUCGUGAAGCAAAUUGUUUCUGAUAUAUUCAAAAAAAAUCCGAUGACAACUAUGAAUGCUGAUGAAAGUGUUGCGCGUGGUUGUACGUUGAUGUGUGCGAUAUUGAGUCCAACAUUUAAAGUCAAAGAAUUUAAAAUUGAGGAUUGUCAACCAUACCCGAUCACAUUAUCAUGGCACGGUGCAAUCAAUGAAGAUAAUGAAGUUGAAGUAUUUAGUCGAUGGAAUACUGUCCCAUCAACAAAAAUGUUGUCGUUUUAUAAACGUGAACCAUUAACAAUCGAAGCACGUUACUCAUAUCCAAAUGAUAUUCCAUAUUCUGAGUCAAAAAUUGGGCAAUAUUGCAUUGAAAAUAUUCAGCCACAACCGGACGGUACUCCAUCAAAAAUCAAAGUUAAAGUUCGUCUGAAUCGAAAUGGAAUAUUUGAUAUUACUCAAGCGCUAUUAAUUGAAUCAGUUGAAGAAGAGGCGGUGAUUGAAGAAGCAAUGGACACAGAUAAAACUGCUAAAGACGGUAAAGCAGCCCCAACACCUACAACACCCCAACAAAAGCCAGCGCCUCAACCGCAAGGACAGGAAACAAACGGUGGUGAUCAGACAACACCAGGAAAUGGUCAGCCGUUGCCCACCGAUACCGGUGAUGCUCAAAAUGAUGAAAAGGAGAAAGAUGAUGAUGAAGGAGGGGAGAAGAAAGGUGACAAAACGAAGAAAAAAUCGCGCAAGAAAGAAAUUGAGCUACCAAUAACAUCGCGUGUUCCAGUAACAAGCAGAAAUGAACUAGAUCGUCUUAUUGAAGCCGAAUUGGACAUGAUAUCUCAAGAUAAAAAAGAAAAAGAACGUUCUGAUGCUAAAAAUGCCGUUGAAGAAUAUGUUUACGAUAUGCGUGGUAAACUUGAUGGUGGCGAAUAUGAAAAAUAUAGCGAUGACAAACAUAAACAACAAUUGCUAAACGAUUUACGUUCGACGGAAGACUGGUUAUACGAUGAAGGAAUGAAUCAAGAAAAAAAUGUUUAUGUAGACCGACUAAAAGGGUUAAAAAAUCUCGGUGAUCCAAUCAAACAACGUUACACGGAAGCAGAAAAUCGUACACAUUAUUUUGAAGCACUCGGAAAAUCGUUACAGCGUAUUGAUGAAGCACUACAACAAUGGCGUUCUAAAAAUGAAAAAUACUCACAUAUAGAACAAGCAGAUAUUGAAAAAGUUCAUAAAUAUUUGAAUGAAAAGCAACAAUGGUACGAUCAGUCGAUGAAUCGUGUUCGAUCACAAAAAUUAUCUGAUGAUCCACAAAUAUUAUGUUCACAAAUAAAACAAGAACGCGAGGCAUUGGACAACUUUUGCUGGCCAAUAUUAAAUAAACCAAAACCAAAAGUUGAACUACCGAAAGAUGACGAGAAAAAGGCAGAUAAUCCAAAAGACAAAAAAGCAUCUCCAUCGAAAAAUCAAAAUCAACAGCAGCAGCAGCAAGGCCAAGAUCAACAACAGCCACAAACAUCCCAAUCGUCAAUGGAAGUUGAUUAA